AUGGCGUCACGGAUAAACGUAGAACUGUGGAAGGACUUCUUUGAAAUUUAUCGAAGCUAUCCAGAAGUAUGGAAAGUGAAAAGCGAGGAGUACAAAAACAAAAUAAAGAAGAAUGCUGCUUAUGAAGCACUUUUAAAAAAAUAUAAGGAGAUAGAUCCAAAAGCAAAUUUGGAAAGUUUAAAAUACAAAAUAAACUCACUUCGCGGAUGUUAUCGACGUGAAUUAAAAAAAAUUAAGCGAAGUGAGAAGUCUGGAGCAGGAAUUGAUGAAAUAUAUAUACCAUCUUUGUGGUACUUUCAUGACCUAGCAUUUUUGGAAGAGCAAGAAACACAGAUGACUGGCAUGUCAUCAAUAGAAAAUGGGGACACGACUGUGGAAGACAUUGCACCUUGCGCCAAAAAAGACAAAGGAGAAUUUGGUAAAAAAGAAAAACAACAGUUGCUUAUUAAAGCAGUCAAAGCUUUAGAAGAUUCGACGCGACGCAAUGACGAUGCAAGUACCUUCAGUUCGACUUGGGAAGUCCUCUUCAGGAAACUUGACUUUAAUCAACAAUUUGCCAAUAAAACCAUUGUGGAGGUGUUGUACCAAGGAGCUUUGGGUCGGUUGAACGAAAAUUCCCAUCAGAUGUUCAACGUACCUAACACAAGAUGCUCAUCAACACCUUUUUCUUAUAGUGACAACUCGUCAACAUGUUUUGAUUCAACAACAUUGCAAAGUCGUCCGCAAUACUUAAUUUCUCCCCCGCUUCUGAGUCCAUCGCAAAUUAUAUCUACUCCUCAACCGCAAGUUCAGCACAUCAGACUUCAUAGAACAGUUCAGCCACAGCAAUAUCAAAAAAUUUCCAGCAUCAACAUACAACCACAGGAAACCAUAAAUACUCAACAAUACGGAAACAACACGGAAUAUCAGACAUUUACGGACUUGUUGAACGACUCUGACUAUUCAUAAGCAAACUUUUCUUUUUAUUUUUGUUAUUUUUAUU